GCCUUUGAGGCCCCUUGGGGGAGUUGGGGGCCGUGACUGGGAAUCACGUUUAUGCCCCUCUGGUCCGGAGGCCACAGAAAGCUGGCGUUCUGCAGCCCGGGGCUCCGUUUGGGGGAAGAUGAUUGAUCGCCGAGUGGCGCUGUGCCCUCGGUUCUGGUGACCAUUUGUCCCCUCUGAGGAGCUGACUACAGGGCUCGACUCUGUAGCCCAAGGGGCAGGGCCCGCGGGGGUGGCGAGGGGGAAGCUGCAGCCUGAGCAGAGAUGCCGCCCAGAUCAGGGAUGGGGCAGGCUCUGCCCCUCCCACGGCCAGGCUGCGGGACAUCUGAGGCUGUCGCCCCUUGGGUGGCUGCCUCCUUCAUGUCGUGAGGGAGACACGCACACGUGAAACCACACCGGAGGGAGCCAUGGACCUGCUGCGGGAACUGAAGGCCAUGCCCGUCACGCUGCACCUGCUGCAGUCCACCCGCGUCGGCAUGUCUGUCAACGCCCUGCGGAAGCAGAGCUCGGACGAGGAGGUCGUCACGCUGGCCAAGUCUCUCAUCAAGUCCUGGAAGAAGCUCCUGGAUGCUUCAGACGCCAAAGCCAGGGAGCGGAGGAGGGGCGGGCCUCUGCCCACAUCGUCCUCCAAGGAGGCCUCCGAGGCCCAGGACCCCAGCUGCAAGAGGCCAGAGCUGCCCAGGACGCCAUCGACACCCAGGAUCACCACGUUUCCUCCGGUGCCGGUCACCUGUGACGCCGUGCGCAACAAGUGUCGCGAGAUGCUGACCGCUGCCCUGCAGACGGACCAUGACCACGUGGCUGUCGGUGCAGACUGCGAGCGCUUGUCGGCCCAGAUCGAGGAAUGCAUCUUCCGGGACGUGGGGAACACGGACAUGAAGUACAAGAACCGUGUGCGCAGCCGCCUCUCCAACCUCAAGGACGCCAAGAACCCCAGCCUGCGGCGCAACGUGCUGUGCGGCGCCAUCACGCCCCAACAGAUCGCCGUGAUGACCUCGGAGGAGAUGGCCAGCGACGAGCUGAAGGAGAUCCGCAAGGCCAUGACCAAGGAGGCCAUCCGCGAGCACCAGAUGGCGCGCACGGGCGGCACGCAGACCGACCUGUUCACCUGCGGCAAGUGCAGGAAGAAGAACUGCACCUACACGCAGGUGCAGACCCGCAGCUCCGAUGAGCCUAUGACCACGUUCGUUGUCUGCAACGAGUGUGGAAACCGCUGGAAGGUAGGUGGGUGAGCCCAGGCCAUCCAUCCCCAGCCCUGUUCUCUGGAGGAGGGUGUCUCCAGCCUUUGUGGGGUCUGUGGUGUGAACUGGGGGAUGGCCAUGCCAGCCAGCCUCCUGGGAGCCUUGGAGAUGGUGGAUGGAGACCCCAGCCCUGCCUCCUGCCCUGGGGGGUCCUGCAGGCCCCGUGGCUGGAUGGGCGCCUCUCACCUGUUUCUUGCAGUUCUGCUGAGCCCUGUGCAUGUGUGCCUGCAGCCUCGGGCCACGGCCAGUGCUGGCCGUCGCCCUUUCCCCAUCCUCUGCCAACAGAUACAGCUUCUCUGGAGACCUGCCCUUUGCCCACCUGGCCUUCCUCAGAAGGCAGCACGCCCUGCCCCCCACCCUGCCUGCAGUGCACCUUUCCCCCUCUUACCCCCCAGUUAUUAAAUGUUUCUUUUUGCCACUGUU